AUGAGGAUAAGUUAUAGUCGCCAAGUGUGCCACAGUGGUGCAAAAUCAUUGAAAACACCAGCUAUGAGAAAUCCCAUGUCCCCCACGGAACAGCACUCACAGCAUAAUUCUACUCUGGCGGCCUCACCCUUUGUUUCUAACGUAUCUGCAGCAAGGACACAACAGAAUUUAGCAAAUGAUACUCAAAAUGAUCAUUCUCAACCCUGGAACAGAACCAAUACGACAACCAGUCCUUACCAAUCGUUGGCCAAUAGCCCUUUGAUACAAAAGCUACAGGCAAAUAUCAUGACCCCGCACCAGCCAUCGAUCAAUUCCGGUUCUGCUGCCGGCAAUAAUGCAAACGACAACAACUUAUUGGCUUCCAUGUCUAAGAAUAGCAUGUUUGGUUCUACUAUACCGUCCACAUUGAGAAAAGUGAGCCUGCAGCGGGAAUACAAAGAUUCGAUUGAUGGCACGCUUGAUGAUGGUGACGACAACAAUGGUAAUACGACUGUGAAUACUAAUAAUGAUCGAGAGAGUAAACUAGAAAAUAAUGGGCCUCUGACGACAACUACAUUGACGACAACAACUACGGCGACUCAAUUAGAUGUUUCUGAAUUGUCAGCUAUAGAGAGACUGAGACUUUGGAGGUUUGACGCAUUGAUGCAACAUAUGUACAGGACGGCAGAAUACAUUGCUGAUAAAGUAUACACCAUAUCGAAUGAUCCUGAUGACGCCUUUUGGCUGGGUCAGGUAUACUAUAACAAUAACCAGUACGUAAGAGCUGUGGAACUUAUUACCAGAAACAAUUUGGAUAGCAUUAAUAUUUUAUGCCGAUACUUAUUAGGACUUUCUUUUGUGAAGUUACAAAAAUAUGAUGACGCUCUCGAUGUCAUAGGCGAGUACAACCCAUUCAGUGAGGAUCCAACAUUUGCAGCUGCAAACGUCACGAGCAAUAACGGGACUAAUAGUAGCACGUCACAACCUACCGAUGGGGGAAUAAAAAUGGAAUCAUCAUUGUGUUUUUUGAGAGGGAAAAUAUAUUUUGCGCAAAAUAAUUUCAACAAGGCAAAGGAGGCGUUUCGUGAAGCCAUCUUGGUGGACAUAAAGAAUUUUGAAGCUUUUGAAAUGCUCCUUUCAAAAAAUCUACUAACUCCACAAGAGGAAUGGGACCUGUUCCAUUCUUUAGAUUUCAAAGAGUUUGGCGAGGACAGAGAAAUUAUGAAAAACCUUUAUAAAAUCAACUUGUCCAAAUACAUCAAUACAGAUGAGAUAACGAGGUCCAAUGAGAUUCUAACAGAGGAAUACAAGUUGGGUGAUAAUGUAGACGUAAUAAGAAGCAGAGUAGAUAUUCUUUACACGCAAUGCAAAUUCAACGAGUGCUUAGAGUUAUGCGAAGCUGUUUUGGAAAAUGAUGAAUUCAACACGAACAUUCUGCCAACGUAUAUCGGAUGCUUGUAUGAACUGUCCAAUAAAAAUAAGCUUUUUCUUUUAUCACAUCGUUUAGCAGAGAAUUUCCCUAAAUCUGCGAUUACUUGGUUCAGCGUUGCCACAUAUUAUAUGAGCCUAGACAGAAUUAGCGAAGCUCAAAAAUACUAUUCUAAAUCCUCGAUACUAGACCCGAGCUUUGCAGCUGCAUGGCUAGGAUUUGCACAUACAUAUGCCCUGGAAGGUGAACAAGACCAAGCGUUGACAGCAUAUUCUACAGCGUCAAGAUUUUUCCCCGGGAUGCACCUGCCAAAAUUGUUUCUCGGAAUGCAGUUUAUGGCCAUGAAUUCAUUGAACUUGGCAGAAUCAUAUUUCGUCCUGGCAUACGACAUCUGCCCCAAUGAUCCCUUAGUUUUAAAUGAAAUGGGUGUGAUGUAUUUCAAAAAAAACGAAUUCGUUAAAGCCAAGAAAUACUUAAAGAAGGCGUUGGAAGUGGUGAAAGAUUUAGAUCCAGGUUCGAGAACGACAAUAUCGAUUCAAUUAAAUUUAGGCCACACUUAUAGAAAGUUGAAUGAAAACGAGAUUGCCAUCAAAUGCUUUAAAUGUGUCCUAGAAAAAAAUGACAAAAACUCAGAAAUCCAUUGUUCACUAGGUUAUCUGUAUUUAAAGACCAAAAAAUUGCAGAAGGCUAUUGACCAUCUGCACAAGUCAUUAUAUCUGAAGCCUAAUAAUGUAUCUGCGACGACAUUACUGAAAAACGCCCUAGAAUUAAACGUUACGUUAUCGCUGGACUCCAGUCAUCCGCUGCUUGACAAGUCGAAUCUAAUGGAUCAAGCAAACAAAAACAAGACUUUAGUCAACAAGAAAAGGUCUUCGUUGGCAUAUGAUCCUGUUAAUAUGGCCAAGAGGUUGAGGACCCAAAAGGAGCUUUUUGAUCAGAACAAUGAGUUUCUCAAAGCGGGAGUGCACGACAGUAAAAAUGGCAGUAAUGAUAAUGGUGAUGAUGAUUUUGACGCUGAUAUGGAGUUAGAGUAA